GGAGGGGGUGCCGCAGGGUCAUCGUCGUCCUCUUCCUCCAAGGCCACCUUCAGACACAACCAGUUCUACGUCAUCCGCCCCAUGCCAGUCGUGUUUUUGGUGGGGCAGACUGAGCCUCAGAUGGAAGCACUGGAACCCACGAAGGCCACGUCAAAAGCCACGCAUUUGAACAUCGUUACAUUUUUGGCGAAGCGGUUGUUCGACACGACCAAGGCGGCACAGGCAGGCAACGCCGGGAUUCCCUUCAAGAAAGUGCUCGAGGAGGCCAGGUUCCUAUCACUGCCUAGGGCCAAGGACUCUGCCAAGGGGCGUUUGAAGGAAAUGGUCCGAGAGAUCGGCGAGAGGCGAGACGCGAGGGACGAUGGCGACGGCCCAGUAUCGACGGAGAGCCUGUGGGCCGCCAAGCCUGACCUCAACAUGCAGCAGGUCACCGCGCAGGCGGCAAAACUCUUCCGACCUGAGGACUUCUGCGCUCUCGAGAGCAUGGUGUCCGCGUGGGCCCACCUCUCUGACGUUGGGCUGGACACCUUGACCUCCCACGAUGCCGUCGCGAAGUUCCUUCUUAAGAUCAAGAAGCGCCACGACUGUUUACUGGCCCAGGUCAAGGAGGUGCGAUCCGCGAGCUCGGCGCUUAGCAAGCAGAAGAGCGUCUUGGCGAGGGCGGCUAGGGUGAGAGGGCGGCAGCCUCCGGAGCACGACGGCGGACUGACAAGGCGCCUCGCGUGCAUGGAGAAGCUCUCGGAGGUCCUUGGGACCCAGCUAGCGGAGCUGAAGCGCGUCCGAGCCGUGGCGCAGUACAUGUACAAGGAACUCCAAAUGGUGCCGUGGACUCUGACCAUCAACUACCUCAAGCGUCACGGGAUCACCUCUUCCCCUGCGGCCAGUCUCCUGAUGCUGAGCGGCAUGGGAGACCCUUCUGGCUGUGGCGAAGGGUUCAGCUUCCUUCCACGUCCUGCCGAGCAGGCGAAGGCUACGACUUCCUUGACAACUAGCCAGAAGAUCGUCGCCGAGAGGAGCGUGCAGAAAGUCACCGGCACCAACAGCGACCUCAGGCGACUGACGAUGCUCCAGCUGGCGUCGACGUGCGAAGCCAUGGGAAUCCCGAAGGACACUGUCAAGACCCUCCGACGCUGGGACAGGGUGCACAUGAUCAAAGAGCUGGCGGGCGUUGCGGUGGCCGAAAACGUGAAAGAUCAGAACAUCUACGCGCGGUUUGUGCGAAAGAGGCGGCCCAACGCCACCAUCGACAAGGACCUCUACCGGGCAACCUGCAACGAGAUCUGGGAGAGACAAGCCCUGGCGCUUUCGGCAACAGCGGAAGAUGUGCAGGAAUACGGCAGCGAGUCCGCAUCAAGUUCCAAGGCCAAGGAUAAGGCCGAAGCUUCCAAAGGUAAGGGCGGCGAAGCGUCCAAGGGCAAGGUGGCUGGGGCUUCCCCCGGUGGAAGCAAGGACAGCGACAAGGGCGAGGAGAAGGAGGACGGUGACGAAGACAAGGAGGACGAUGAUGGUGAUGACGAUGACCUUGACGGCUUGAACGUGGAUGACCUCGACCUUAGCGGUGACGACGACGACGAAAACGACGGCCUCAACUUGAGCGACAUGGAGGAGACACUGGAGGGGGGGGACGGAGACGGAGAUGCCCCGGUUGCGAAAAGCCUCCAAGAUCUGUCUUCCUCGUCCCAGAAGAACACGGACGAGCUCGACGACGAGCGACAGUACCGCAUGCUCCAGCAAGACCUUCAUGGGGUUCGAGGGGAAGCGGCCCGGUGGGGGACGGGAGAGGGGCCCGAUGCCGCUCCGCAGGGGAGCAUGUCGCUCAACGUUGUGGAAGCUCGGAAGGCCCAGACGGAGGAGCUGCUAGGGCAGCUGGGGGGACGGGCGCAGCUCCCUGCGCAGGCCGUCAGGCGUAUCACCAGAACGGUCGGGCCGGAUGGCACUGAGACUGUCAGGGUUUCAUACUCCUUAAGGAGGCAGGACCUCGUGCGGCUGGAUGCAAGGGUGGGAAAGAAGCAGACGGCGCUUUCCAAGAGUGCCGCGGCUUCCGGAGGGGUCGGCGGCGCCAGUCCUUUGAGUUUCUUCUUGCCCAGGCCGCAGGCUUCUGCGGAGUCAAAGGCGGCGGCUUACGAGGAGCGGGGCGCCGCGGCGGGGCAGGAGGAGACGGUGCUCAAGAUCCGUCUGAAAACUGGAGGACUUCCUACCGCUGCUCCAAAGGAGAACAAGAAGAAGCGGCGACGAAGCAGCACCGAGGGCCGAGUGCGAAAGCCUGAGGAGAACAUCUACGCGAUCCAGAGGCAGAACUCACGCUCAACGGUGGAAAGUCGCGACAGCCGUCCGAGGAACCGGAUGCGGAGCCUUCUCACAGGUGUGGUCAAGAAUCUUUUCGAGAGGCCGGACUCGAUCUACUUCCGAGCACCGGUGAAGCGUAACGUCCCCGACUACUACACCAAGAUCAAGAAGCCCAUGGACCUCCGCACCAUCCAGGACAAGAUCAACAACUUCGACUACACCAGCCGCGAAAACCUGAUCGCUGACAUGCGGCAGCUCGUGACCAACGCCGAGAUCUACAACGGACACGGCCAUGUCCUCGCCCAGAACGCUCGUGACAUCAUGGCGGACUGCCAGGCCCAGCUGGAGGAUCCUGAGAUCGCGGAGGUAGAGGAGGCGCUCACCGCCGAGCACCCGGCGCCUAGAAAAAAGUUGAAGACGGGCGGAUCAGGCGGGUCUGGAGGCCGCGGUGCGAUAGGUGGCGGCAAACCUGUCGCCAAGAAGAAGACGAAGGCGGGGACGGGCGGAAGGCGUUCACCGUCCCAAGGCGGGAUGAGCAGCGCCUCUCAGGCCAGAGUCUCGGCGCUGGCAGCAUCCAUGUCUGCACCUUCGUCCGCCCACAGCCUACCGGGCAGUCUUUCUUCCCUGCAGCAACCCCCCGCCGCCUUCUCCGCCACUGCCCGACACCCGAAUCCCAAAGCGUUGCCCGGGGGGGGUGGGGCUUCUCCCGCAGCCCCUCCCCGCAAGUCCACCAUCGCGCCACCAUCGGCGAUGGGGUUCGCUGGAACGGGGGCGGAUGCCGGUACCAGCAGUGAUAGCAGUGAUGGGGAGGAGGUGGUAGAAGAGGGGGGUAGGAUUGUUUUCUGAGUUGAUAAGUGUGGUGUGAGAUUGGAGAGGUCGUGUGUGAGAUCGAUGGCUGGCCGUGACAUGUGAAGUUGUGGAAUUUCGUACAGUGAUUCGCGGACAACUUGCAAUUUUCCCCUUAAACUCUCCAGCGCCUGAUCAAAGUAUGUAUUUGAACAGAUGACAGCCACAGCGAGCAACGGGAAAUGUUACUCCGCUAUUCCUCUGGAUUGUGCUGGAAGUGAAAUUGGACAUGGGACUCUUCAUUGGUCCCUUUAUGCCAC